CUAAUCGCCUCCAGCGGAACUGAGGAAGGGUAGAGAAGACAAGAUGGCGGAGUGAGUGGGCUGCGCUGUGAACGGACGGUUCCGACCUUUAAAUAUAGUCUAAACGCUCCCGAGGGAUUGUAAAGGCAGCAGUAUCGUAGAAAGAGAAGAUUUGCCCUUCGAGUAGGAGAAGACUGGAACGAUUUUCAGAGGUGUUCGAGCGACAGCGUUAGCUUGAUGCCGUGCCUAACUUAGCUGUUAAGAGCUAGGCCGUAAACUUGAUGGGAUUUAGCCUCGGAUGUAUCUGUCACUGACGCGUCAUCUUUCACUCGGCCGCUGUAAUUUAUCGAACCAAAUUUUGACCAGAAGAUUAAAAGACCAAAAGCCAAGGAGACUUGUCAAUUCUGUUUAUUUUUCAGCAGACUGUCUCUAGUUCGAGCUAGUCCUUCAUUUCCUUCAAACAUCGCGAUCGGAACAGACGACUCUAUGUCCUACUGAAAACUGGGCUAGGCCGAACAACGUUUCCUAAAGAUACUCGGUUGUUAGUCGAACUUUAGAGGAAAUAAUGGCGAGUAGCAGCGGCUCUAAAGCCGAAUUCAUAGUCGGUGGAAAGUACAAACUCGUCAGAAAAAUUGGAUCAGGAUCUUUUGGUGAUAUAUACCUGGCAAUCAACAUCACAAAUGGAGAGGAGGUAGCUGUAAAACUGGAAUCACAAAAAGCCAGACACCCGCAGCUGUUGUACGAAAGUAAGCUGUACAAGAUCCUUCAAGGAGGUGUCGGGAUCCCACACAUCAGAUGGUAUGGUCAAGAGAAGGACUACAAUGUCCUAGUCAUGGACCUGCUCGGACCCAGUUUGGAGGACCUGUUUAACUUCUGCUCUCGUCGUUUUACCAUGAAAACCGUUCUUAUGCUGGCAGACCAGAUGAUCAGCAGAAUUGAGUAUGUACACACGAAGAACUUCAUUCAUAGAGACAUCAAACCGGACAACUUUCUCAUGGGCAUUGGGCGUCACUGUAACAAGUGUUUAGACUCGUCAGUGGGGAAGAGGAAAAGAAGCUUGGCUGUUAGCUCUUCACAGGACCCAUCUUUCUCAGGAUUAAACCAGUUGUUCCUUAUCGACUUUGGUUUGGCGAAGAAGUACAGAGACAACCGAACACGACAACACAUCCCGUACAGAGAAGACAAAAACCUGACUGGCACAGCGCGCUACGCCUCCAUCAACGCACACCUGGGCAUCGAACAGAGUCGCCGUGAUGACAUGGAGUCACUAGGCUACGUCCUGAUGUACUUCAACAGAACAAGUCUGCCAUGGCAGGGACUAAAGGCCGCCACAAAAAAGCAGAAGUAUGAGAAGAUCUCGGAAAAAAAGAUGUCCACCCCUGUUGAGGUCCUCUGUAAGGGGUUCCCAGCAGAGUUCGCCAUGUACCUGAACUACUGUCGCGGCUUGCGCUUCGAGGAAGCUCCGGACUACAUGUACCUGCGCCAGCUGUUCCGCAUUCUCUUCAGGACUCUGAACCACCAGUACGACUACACGUUUGACUGGACCAUGCUGAAACAGAAAGCUGCUCAGCAGGGGGCCUCCUCGGGUGGCCAGGGCCAGCAGGCACAAACCCCCACAGGCAAGCAAAAUGACAAACCCAAGCCUAACAUGAAAGGGUUCUGAGUGGUCCCACCCUGACCAGAUCCACUGUUGGAGACCAGAACCAACAGGUGUCUCUUCCUGGACAAGCGACAAACAAAGUCUGUGUCUUUCCUUUCAUCAUAAGUAUCUAUGUAAUGUAUAGAUCUACACAAGGCUUGGUCAGUUGUGUUAUCUAUAUGUUCCUAUGUGUAUAAAUCAAAUUCCACCUGGGAAAUAUUUUUCUCCCCCUUUUUUAUGGGUGAGGAGGCUGUAGAUGCCAUCCAUGCAUACGCCCCUUUGACCUAUCUGUUUGUCCUUCUUUGACAUCUUUGAGGUUUCGUUGGAGACUGGUUCAGAUGGUCACUUGACUACUUGUUUCUUCCAUUGGAAAUAAAUCAUCCCUUUUUUUUUUUCUUUUUUUUUUCUUUUUUAUAUCAAAUAAUUGGUAAAACAUGUAAACUUAAACCCUGAUUUUCCCUUAGACAUUUGAAAGAUGCAACUCUGGAUGUUUAUUUACAAAAAAUGUUGGAUUUUGUUUGUUUUCUCCUUGUUUUCUUAUGGUGAUUAAAAGUUUACCAGUUGAUCAUAUAAAGAGCAACUGGCAGCAGUUAACGGUAGGAUACUUCUGCUCUCUCCCUGUUUGGACUUAAAUCUGUUGUAAAAUGGUUUUCUCCAGAAACGCCAAUAAAAACGUUACUUAACUCAGACAA